UUGAGCCGGCGUGGGAUUGGUGCUGGGAUGGAGGCUGCGGAGCGCGAGAGCUUCGAGCGGACUCAGGGGUCCUGAGGACUGAACUCGGGGUUGUCAGGUGCAGUGUGGAGGAGAUGCGGGUGUGGCAAAGCUCAGCCUGGUGCAGUGGGCCCGUGGCCAGUCCGUCUGCCGCUGCUUUCAGAAGCUCUGACUGCCUGGACUAUUGCCCACCUAGCAAAGGGAAUUUGUCAGUCCCACCUCCCGACAGGGUGGAGGCUGCUUCCUGUUUUCCUGCCCGGGAGGCAGGGAGGAACCCUGUUCCGAGCCCUGGGCAGUGCAGUCUGAUACUGGCUCAGGGAGACGGAGCCGCGGUUAAGACGGCGGGAGAGAGAAGCUUGUUCUUGGAUGAACUCACAGCCGCUACCACAGUUAAUGUGAUGACUGUCAGCGUCAAUAAAGCCAUUAAUACGCAGGAAGUGGCUGUGAAGGAAAAACAUGCCAGGACGUGCAUCCUGGGCACCCACCAUGAGAAAGGAGCGCAGACAUUUUGGUCCGUGGUUAAUCGACUGCCCCUGUCCAGCAAUGCCAUGCUGUGCUGGAAGUUCUGCCAUGUCUUCCACAAACUCCUCCGCGACGGACAUCCAAACGUGCUAAAAGACUCUCUGAGAUACAAAAAUGAAUUGAGCGACAUGAGCAGGAUGUGGGGCCACCUGAGCGAGGGGUACGGACAGCUGUGCAGCAUCUACCUCAAACUGCUGAGAACAAGGAUGGAGUACCACACCAAAAAUCCCAGGUUCCCGGGCAACCUUCAGAUGAGUGACCGGCAGCUGGAUGAGGCCGGAGAAAGUGAUGUCAACAACUUUUUUCAGCUUACAGUGGAGAUGUUUGAUUACCUGGAGUGCGAACUGAACCUCUUCCAAACUGUAUUCAACUCCUUGGACAUGUCCCGCUCAGUGUCCGUGACCACAGCUGGGCAGUGCCGCCUCGCACCGCUGAUUCAGGUCAUCCUGGACUGCAGUCACCUCUAUGACUACACUGUCAAGCUGCUCUUCAAGCUCCACUCCUGUCUUCCAGCUGACACCCUGCAGGGCCACCGAGACCGCUUCAUGGAGCAGUUCACAAAGUUGAAAGAUCUGUUCCAGCGUUCCAGCAAUCUACAGUACUUCAAGCGGCUCAUUCAGAUCCCCCAGUUGCCUGAGAAUCCACCCAACUUCCUCCGCGCCUCAGCCCUGUCAGAGCACAUCAGCCCUGUGGUGGUGAUCCCAGCCGAGGUGUCGUCUCCAGACAGCGAGCCCGUCCUGGAGAAGGAUGAUCUCAUGGACAUGGAUGCCUCCCAGCAGAGUUUGUUCGACAACAAGUUUGAUGACAUCUUUGGCAGCUCGUUGAGCAGCGACCCCUUCAAUUUCAACAAUCAAAAUGGCGUGAACAAGGAUGAGAAGGACCACUUGAUUGAACGCCUGUACAGAGAGAUCAGCGUGCUGACGGGACAGCGGGACAGCAUGAAGGCUGAGAGCCAGCGGGCCAUGCUGCAGCUGAAGGGCCGCGUGAGCGAGCUGGAGGCGGAGCUGGCUGAGCAGCAGCACCUGGGACGGCAGGCUACAGAUGACUGCGAGUUCCUGCGCACCGAGCUGGACGAGCUGAAGAGGCAGCGCGAGGACACGGAGAAAGCCCAGCGCAGCCUGACUGAGAUAGAAAGAAAGGCCCAGGCCAAUGAACAGCGGUAUAGCAAGCUAAAAGAGAAGUAUAGUGAGCUGGUUCAGAACCACGCUGACCUGCUACGGAAGAAUGCAGAGGUUACCAAGCAGGUGUCUGUGGCCAGGCAAGCUCAGGUGGAUUUGGAAAGAGAGAAGAAAGAACUAGAAGAUUCCUUUGCCCGUGUAAGUGAGCAGGCCCAGCGAAAGACUCAGGAGCAACAGGAUGUUCUGGAAAACCUGAAGCAUGAACUAGCCACCAGCAGACAAGAGCUCCAGGUCCUCCACAGCAACCUUGAGACCUCUGCCCAGUCAGAAGCGAAGUGGCUGACGCAGAUCGCCGAACUGGAGAAGGAACAGGGCAGCCUGGCAACGGCCGCGGCUCAGAGAGAGGAAGAGUUCUCAGCCCUCCGAGACCAGCUGGAAAGCACCCAGAUCAAACUGGCCAGUGCCCAGGAAUCUGUGUGCCAGCAGAUAAAGGACCAGAGGAAAAAACUCUUGGCAGGGACCAGGAAGGCUGCGGAGCGUGAGAUACAGGAGGCGCUGAGCCAGCUUGAGGAGCCCACCCUCAUCAGCUGUGCAGGGUCCACAGAUCACCUUCUCUCCAAAGUCAAGGCUGUGUCUAGCUGCCUCGAGCAACUAGAGAAGAACCACAGCCAGUAUCUGACCUGCCCAGAAGACAUCGGUGAGCUUCUGCACUCGAUAACCCUGCUCGCCCACUUGACUAGCGACACCAUCAUUCAGGGAAGCGCCACCAGCCUCCGGGCCCCGCCUGAGCCAGCCGACUCUCUGACAGAGGCCUGUAGGCAAUAUGGCAGGGAAACUCUGGCCUUUCUGUCCUCCCUGGAGGAAGAUGAAGCCAUGAAGAAGGCCGACAGCACAGCCAUGAGGAAUUUGCUCAGCAAGAUCAAGGCCAUUGGCGAGGAACUGCUGCCCAGGGGCCUGGACAUCAAACAGGAAGAGCUGGGUGACCUCGUAGACAAGGAGAUGGCUGCCACUUCAGCUGCCAUUGAGGCUGCCACCACCCGGAUAGAGGAAAUACUCAGUAAAUCUCGAGCAGGAGACACGGGAGUCAAGUUGGAGGUGAACGAAAGGAUCCUUGGUUCCUGUACCAGUCUGAUGCAAGCCAUCAAGGUCCUCGUCGUGGCCUCCAAGGACCUCCAGAAGGAGAUCGUGGAAAGUGGCAGGGGUACUGCAUCCCCUAAAGAAUUUUAUGCCAAGAACUCUCGGUGGACAGAAGGACUUAUAUCUGCCUCCAAAGCUGUUGGUUGGGGAGCUACCAUCAUGGUGGAUGCUGCUGAUCUCGUGGUCCAAGGCAAAGGGAAGUUUGAGGAACUGAUGGUGUGUUCACACGAGAUUGCUGCUAGCACAGCCCAGCUUGUGGCUGCAUCCAAGGUGAAAGCUAACAAGGGCAGCCUCAAUCUGACCCAGCUUCAGCAGGCCUCGCGGGGAGUGAACCAGGCCACGGCCGCUGUGGUAGCCUCAACCAUUUCCGGCAAAUCUCAAAUUGAGGAGACAGACAGUAUGGACUUCUCAAGCAUGACACUCACCCAGAUCAAGCGACAGGAGAUGGAUUCUCAGGUUAGAGUUCUGGAGCUGGAAAAUGACCUACAGAAGGAGCGUCAAAAGCUAGGAGAGCUUCGGAAGAAACACUACGAGCUGGCUGGUGUUGCCGAGGGAUGGGAAGAAGGGACAGAAGCAUCGCCGGCUACUGUUCAAGAAGCAAUACCUGAAAAAGAGUAGAGCCAGCCAGCGCCCCACACGUCAGAAUUCUUUGCAUUUUGUCAUUCACACAAACUUGUGAGCAUCAGAACUUCCGCUGGAUUGCAAACCGGACUGCCACCUGAAUCACAGUCAGAGGGACAGGAUGGAGUGUCCUGGCGGAGAGCGCCAGAGCCAUGGCUCGCCCCUCCACUACACUUUUACCAGUCAGCGGAUCCCCUCCUACUUACUAUUAGGGUGGUCGUUUGUUAUUUUGGUUUUAUAUUUGGGAAGUUUCACACGGCCAACUUUCCCAAAAAGGGUUCCAGCCCUUCACCCCCACCCUGAGCUCUGAGCCUUCUGAGAGGAAGCCCCCCCACACACACACCAGGGUGCGGCUCAGCUACGGCCUGGUGCUCCAUCUCAGCUCUUCUGUCAGUCACGACCACUCCCCAGAGUGACAGCUCUCCUCUGAAGUCUGAAGCAGAGCUAGUGCCUUUAUUGUCUGACCCCUGGUGCCAUCUCGGGGCCUCUGUCCACCUUCACAAAGCCAGGGAACACCAGAGUUUAAAAAAAAAAAAAAAAAAAAAGAAAAAGAAAAGAAAAAAAGAAAAGGUGCCAGGGGCCCAGCAGUGCAGGUGACAUUUUUCUUUAGGAGCUCAUGUGACCAGGUUUACCACUCCAUCACGUGCCAGUAUAGAAACCACACUACACUACAGCCCCCAGAGCGGACUUCUUGUGCCAUGGACCACCUCCCAUCAAACCUAGGCAAGGCCCUAGAGGGACAGAAGGGAACCAGAAGUGGUUUCCUUUCCCAGCCGCCUGCUUCUGGCAUCCUACUGAACCAGAUAAAAGAUGGUUCUGUGUGCUAGUUAUUCCACAGACCCACUUGCUCCCAUCAGUAGGAUAAGAGAACUCGGCUCGGGUAGGACUCUUCAUAUUUAUUACUAACAAUCUUCGUGCAGCACCUGCCCAGAGAUGCUUGGAGCAGUCAGGCCCAAGGGUGACUGACUAGGCCUGCCCCUCUGCCGUCAGUCUUCACAGACCACAGAGCAACUAAAGAGCCAUCUCUGGUCAUUUUCUGGCCUUGGAUUCUAAGCAGGCAGGUUCCCCGAAGAAUAGAGAAGCAGGGAAGAGGAAGAAGGGGACCACUGGCUAUGACAACCGUCUCUGCCACUCCCCACUCUUGCUCCUCCUGAAGCCAGGAUGGAGACGGAAGGCAUCCCGCCCUAGAUACGAGCAGCCGGACAGCAAUUUGCCACUCUCAACUGGAACCGCUGAAAUGAAGUGACCUUCUGAUCUGUAGGAUGGAGCAGGGAGGUGGCAUCUUCCUUCUUGAUCUGUCCCGCUUAGGUGCAGCCAGCAGCACGUCCUUAAACCUGUCCCCUGUGGGACACGGCUGGCAAUGGGUUGUGAGACUAAUGUUUGAUCACUGUGAAUCAACCCCUUCUUCUUGUUCCACCCACCCCUACUCUGUCCCCAAGUAUUUUCUAAGCUGGCGCUCCAGGAACUCCCAGCAAUGCAGACGACAUCUGCUGAGACACAUGACCUGCAGUAGAACUGGCCCAGUCUGGUGCCAGAAGAAUGUUUCUCUGCUUAGAAUUUCUUGAGUCCGAGGACCAGAACAAGCAAUGUGUGGCAUUGUGGGCCCGUUUGUGCCCAUCAAGCCAAUCCAUGUGCUCACCGCAGGUCAACUUUUCCAAAGGUGACCACUGCAUGGUCAGCCCUUGUUUCUAGCGUCGAACCACGCACACACGUGGGUCCCAGCAAGAGGAAAUCAAACAAGCAAUAGAGCAGGGCUCUCUGAGUGAAUGGCAUGCCUGUCAUUUCUAAAACCCUAAUAAUUAAUCUUUUCCUGAGUAGUGAAACAGUCAAGCGCCCCAGCACGAGGUGAGUCAACAGUGCAAGGGUCCUACCGCUCAGCGUCCUGUCAAUCAGAACUCUUCAGUGUAGUCAACAGUGCAAGGGUCCUCCUGCUCAGCGUCCUAGCAGAACUCUUCAGUGUAGUUCAAGUCGGGAAUUGCCUUUCUUUAGCCAGGCUUGGUAGUGCAGACCUGUAAUCUUGGCAUUCAGGAGACUGGCGCAGGACGAUCCUGAAUUAAGGACAGCCUGGGCUACAUUCUGAGACCUUGUCUCAAAAAAGGAUUUAAUAAAAUUGGAUUAUUUAUGUGUGUGUAUAAACUAUAUAUAACUUUUUUUUCUUGAGAUAGGGUCUUACUAAAUAGCCCUGGCUGGCCUUAAAGUAUCUACAUGCACUUCAUUGUUCUUGAACUCAAGAGAUGCCCCUUCCUCUGCCUCCCAAGUGUUGCGAUGAAAGGUGUGAGCCAUCUCACUCAGCCUAGACCAUAAUUUGUUGGCUCUGCUGCUACCUAAACAUGAGUCUUUAACCCAGUGGCCGGACAUACCAAACACUGAAAAUUCUUGCGGCCCAGAAGGAACUUCUCCUGAGGCUCCGUGGACUAAAGACUGCUGUGUGAGUGUGGACAGAUCCUCGGCACAGGGACCUGGAGGGCUGAAGGGUUAGCUCAGCGGUUCACUUCCUUCCCUUCCGGGGGGGGGGAACCCCAGUUCUGACCCCAGCCCCCACAUCAUGUGCUCCUGAACCACCUCUAGCUCCAGCUCUGAGGGAUCCGACGCCCUCUACUGGUGGCUUACACAUACGUUGAGUAAAAGGGACUCUUAAGGAAAAGUAUUUUUUCAAGAUAGAAAUUGGACAAAAUAAUGGCUCUGAUGGGUUGAUAAACGCCAGUCCAGCUGUCUCGUGGUUGUCUUGGUGUUGUAGUUUCCUACUGCCUCAAGAUUAAGGAUAUGUCUGUGCAAGGGAAGAUCUGCCUUUGUGGGGUUAGUUUCAUAUCUGAGCAGUGAAUUUAAAUGACCAUACCAGGCUUGUCGGUACAAUGCCUGCAAUCCCAGCACUUGGGGAAUAUGAGGCAGGAGGAUCCUCAGUUCAGGUCUAGCCUGGACUAUAUGCUGAGACCUUAUCUUCAAAAAUACCGAAGAAUAAAUUAGGACUGUAACCUAACUGGCUUGUUGACUGUCCUGACCCACAACGCUGUUCCUAGAAUCCAGCCUAUGUAUGUGCCCUCAACCCCAUAGCUGGGAGAGUCACACACCUCCAGGGUGUCCUGUCUCAGAACAGGGGUGGCUGAUGAGUCAGACACCAGGCUUUCGACCAGGUAACUUGAGGUCACGAGCACCCGUCACCUUAGUCUGCUGUGACCUCUCUCACCUUAGGAGUUGGUUCUCAUCUUGUGUCUAGGGAAGCUUUCACUUCUUUGUCAGCGACUUGGUUGUAGGAGGGUCUCCGGCACCAUUUAACUCUCAUUUGAGGGGUGGGGGGUUGAGAUAGGGUUUCUCUGUGUAGCCCUGGCUGUCCUGGAGCUCAUUGUGUAGACUAGACUAGCCUCGAGCUUACAGAGAUCUUGCCACCACCGCCCAGCAUAACCCUAAUGUUUGAUAGCUGGCAAAAGUCAAGCUACACUGUUGCCUUUCCAGAUCUCUGAGAACCUUGCUAUAAAGCAAGCCUUUGGCCCAACACUGGCCUGCCAAUAAGAGUGGCCUUGCCAUCCGCCAUGAUCUUGAUCAUCCUCCCACCAGAGCAGCUUUGCCCUCUCUCUGCCAUCUUGGACCCUCCAUAUUGGCCUUCCACACAGAGUGGCUUUGCCCUGUCUCCACCUCUCGGGUUCCCAGAGACCACACUGUCUGAUGGAAGCCAUCAACAGCGAUCCAGAACAGCUGUUGGCCAUUCUUGUCCCGCAGGUCCAGCCCACACAGGACUGGCCACCACAUUGGUGGAGAGCCUCCUCUCCCAGUAGCCAAAGCCAGAAACGGCUGGUUAGAUGGGGCUGGAUCCAGUUCCAAGCAUAUAGAUCCUUCCAGGACAUUUUUUCAGGUGACCCUCAACUACCUCAGGUUUGAAGACCCUAAGUUAAACUGAUUAGCAUUCUAGGGACAAACCGAGGAAUCCCACUAAAUCUUGGUGAUAACCUAAAUGUCUCAAGCUUAUAACAGACUCUCAAACUUGCAGGGAUGGGGUUGUUUUUUGGUCGUUUAUGCCCCCCUUCUGUUUUUCACCUUUUCCACAGUUUUCCAUUGGAACAGUUCCUAUCAGUGAAUUUCGCUUUUCACUGCGUGCCUACCUUCCCAGGGCAGGUGGCCACCAGCUCUUGUCUCUUCCCAACAGUACUUUUGUUAUGGAAUGAGAACCUUUCUUUGUAUAAUACAUUGCAACUGUGUUUUCAACUUUUCCAAUAAAGAUGUCAGCCUA